CAUUUUUAUUUAUAAGGCGUCAAAACGCAAAAGGGAAAUGGGCUAAGUUAUUUUCGCGUUAAUGCAUCGUACGUUUCUUAUUGUAAGCGAUAUCCAUUAUCGCUUGGAUAACAUAAAAAAACUUCAAAUUUGGCUAAUUCAAAAAGAUCGAUUAAAAGAAAUUGAUUUUAUUAUCGCAUGUGGAGAUCUUGUAAAUGGAACACCUAUAACCACAGAAAAAGAUAAGCAAGAGUUUCAGGAAGUAAUUUCCGCUUUAAAGUGCUUUGACAAGCCAUUAUAUUAUAUACCAGGAAAUCAUGAUCCGGACACUUCUUUUCUUCCGCAAGAUCAAAAAGAUAAUUUAAACCAAACUAGUGAUGAAAGGCCAAUAACAAGGAAUUUUCAUAAUGAAUCUGUACAACUAGCACCUGGAUUAAGCAUUGUAGGCUUUGGAGGAUCAAUAGAUGGGGUGCUAAGAAACUCUCCUGAGACUGUAAUUUGGCCAGCAUGUCCAGAGAAUACCGAAACUUUUCUCGCUGAAAAACUACCAAUUUUAAUUGAUCAAGUUAAUAAUGAUGAUAUUAUUCUUGUUACACACUUUGGUCCGUUCAAAACUGGAACCACUGAUGUAGAUAAGUAUCCUUUACAAUCUUCUUAUGCGAUUGAAUCAGGAAGGUAAUUAAUUGAAGCAUUUUACUUUAAUGAUUUGAUUCCUUACUAAUUCUUUGCAAUAAUGAAUGGUCAGCAAAGUUUUACGUGACAUGAUCGCUUCCCGAUCUCCUUUAUCACCAGAUGAAUCAUCUAAACAAUAUAUCAUGCUUAAUAUUCAUGGUCAUUCGCAUUAUCCGUUUGGUCUUUCGCAUAUUGGCCAAACUAUGAUUGUUAAUCCUAGUGCACUAAGAGAUGGCAGAUUUGCAAUCUUGUCUUUAGCGCAAAUAGAUAAAGACGAAUUUAUGGAGAAGGACAAGGAGAGAAGAGAAUAUAUGAAAAGUUUUUCUCGAGACAAAAUUUGGAUCCUUGGAGGAGUGGAAUUUUUAUUAUUAUAGUUAAUUUCUCACAAAAAUGUCCAAUAGUUUAUUAAUUAUUACGGCUUCAAGUAAUUUAACAAAUUUAACAAGAUUUAAAAUUUUUAAAAUCAUGAAUACAUUGAAUACAUUAUUGUAUUUGAAUUCGUG